GUGAAAAUAGAGAGAUAUAGAGAGAGAGAGAUGACACUCGUUUCUUCUCUUUGUUACUCUCCUCCGCUUCAUUACUCCGCGUUUUCAAAUUCAACAUUGGCAUCAAAUUGCUAUGCUUUCAGUAUCUCAAACCUCAGGACCCAAAUCCAAUCCUCUGUUUCUACAAAUGUUUGCACCCAAAAAAUCGAUACCACUUUGUUAACAAUCGCUGAGUCCUUCUACGAGGAUGAGCUUUGGGCCGCUGCGUGUCUCCGCGUUCGUUCCUUCCACGAAUUCCGUCCCGAUACCUUCGGUGUCCAAGAUCAUACAAGGUACUUGGCUGAGCGUGAGUUCGAAGCACUUAAGGAGCGUGUUUCGGGGAAGAGAACGGGCUUUAGAAGAGUCUCUUGCAUAAACGCUUCACUUCCAUUAUCCCAUAUAUCGACCCUCUCCGAUGAUUUAUGCUCUUCAUGUAAGUUUUCUACCAAUGGAGAAGAUCGGAUUGUAGUUGGCACUCUUGAUCUUAAUCAGUGUUUGAGCCUUCCUGAUGAAAUUGCAGGGAUGAAGCCAGAGGUCGUUGGAGCUUAUAUCACAAGGGCAUACCUAAGUAAUGUAUGUGUUGCUAAAGAGUUGCUCCGAAAUGGGUUGGGCUAUGCACUUAUUGAAAAGUCAAAGUUAGUUGCUCAUGACUGGGGCAUAACAGAUUUGUACGUCCAUGUUGCUGUUGACAAUGAAGCAGCAAAGAAAUUAUAUACGAAGAGUGGAUUCGUCUAUGAAAGUGAUGAACCUGCGUGGCAGGCCAGGUUUCUAGAUAGGCCCCGAAGACUUCUUCUAUGGACAGAAGAGAGCAGAGACUACAGUAAUUUCUGUGCUCUUCUUCUACGCUACGAAACCAGACAAGGAGAAAGGGGAAGCGCCAUAACUGGUAACCAUAUCAUUCUGGAUCUGACCCGGCCCAAAUCCACUUUGCAUAUAUCUUCCACUUAUGGGCCGGCUCCAUGAGGCCCGUUAAGGCUGCAGAGCUUGUACAGCAAAGUUACACCAUGCAAGUGAAAGGAAAUCCAUUGUCUCGGGAUGUGCAUCAGAAGGGGAUAGAUUGAAAUCGGA